AUGUUCGGCGCUGGUUUGUUAUUCGGCCUGAGCUUCGACACCGCCACGCAGGUCGGGCUGAUCGGCAUGGCCGCCAUCAGCGGCGCCUCGGGGAAGCUCCCCCCGGCCUUGGUGCUUGUUUUUCUGUUGUGCUUCUCGUGCGGCAUGUGCCUCGUGGACUCGGGCAACGGGCUGCUCAUGCUGGCCACGUACAGUUGGGCAAAAGCGCGGCCCAGCCAGAAGAUCUUCUACAACUUCCUGGUCACCUCGAUGUCGGCCGUCAUCGCCCUCUGCAUCGGCUCCCUGGAGCUUCUGCAAGUGGUCUGCCGCAUGGCCGACAUCCACGGGCCGUUCUGGGAUGCUGUAUCGGGGGUCGACAUGGCCGCCAUCAGCUACGGCAUCGUCGACACCUUCCUCGCCGUGUUCGCUGCGGCGGUGAGUUACUCGUGCGUGUGUUCAGUCGUUCCCUCGUCGUCGACCCUGCCAGCCUCUAAAUUCGGCUGA